AUUUAAAAUUUCUUUCUCAUUGUUAUCUACACAAACAAAAGCACACAUGGAAACGCGAAACCGGAAAAGGCGCCGUCCGUCGGUCAAACUACACCAGCAUCCCAGCCAAAACCUACCUGGCACCAGCCAACAACCCCGUCAGCUGCCUUCUACCCAAAUGCCCGAUCAGCUGCCUCCCAACCAACAGCCUGUCCAGCUGCCUCCCAACCAACAGCCUGUCCAGCUGCCUCUCACCCCCAGCCAUCGACUCGGCCAAUGGUCUUCAAACCAACAGUCCGGCCAUCAACCCGACCAGCUGCCUCUCAGUCAACAACUGGGCGACCAGAUGCAGCCUGCAGCAAGCCCGCCAGAUCCGGCUGUUCAAUCGGUUUACUGCUUCCGACUCCAAGCAUGCGUCCAUCCACCCUGCAGCCAAAGUUCUUUGGCAGUGGCCACCCGUCAUCUCUGGCCCAGCUGGUUUCGAGGUUGGGGCAUUUGGGCCGCUAGGGUCAGCGUUGUUGGGUGGCCAUAUGGCAAUCAGUGCCGGAUGGACGCUUUUUACCUGGCACAUUUUUUGGGGAAAAUAUAUAUGAUUUUGUUGGGAGUGCUGAUGGCCGUCACCCGGAGUCAGCACUCAUAUACAAUUUAUUUGUGCAGUUAGUUAUUUGCAGUUAGUUUGGGCUUGCCAUGUUCGCAGGUGGCCCUUGCUGCUUGGAGUCGAGACAUUAUAUGCCAGAACCAUUUUUUAUGUUUUUAUGUUAUAAGGUCCUUUAAUAAAAAGUAAAAAUUUAGUUGAGUUUAUAUUUACUGUGUGAAAAGGGUUAUUCAUCGGAGUUUUCAUAUAGGCUUGCCCAUGUAAUGCUAGGUGGCAGUUUGGGUUUAGUUCUUGGCCUCUACAAUAAUAUGGUCUAUUACUAAAUAAUAGACCUGUUUAUUGUUGGGCCACUGCUGGGUUGGUUUUUCAGUUUUCUUAUUGUUGGUGUUUUUUAACCGAAGUAGCGAAUUUUACAGAUUUAAAAUUUCUUUCUCAUUGUAAUCUACACAAACAAAAGGUUGUAAAUUUUCUCCCCUCCCACCCAACCCAUGUAGUUUGUUUUUACACAGUGUUGUUCUGUCACACUUUACUGCGUCCGUUAUAUAUUUAAAAAUUUGGUCAGGCUUAGGGUAAAUAUAGAUUUAUUUUAAGUUUUAUUUGCCUGUCCACAUUAAUUUUAAUAACAUAAGGGGAAACUGAUUGUUUUCCGUACUAGAUUUGGUUUGAGUAUAUUACAUAUUCUGCUGGUUUGAGUUGCGUUUUUCAGUUUGCCGUGUAGACGCAGAGUACCAAACGUCGGAUACAGGUCGGUCACGACUCCACUUCCGAUGGGGCAGUUCGGACACCUCGGGUUCGUCGACAGUCGCUUGAAGUUCACAGUUCCUUGGCAAUCAGUGCCGUAUGGACGCUUUUUACCUGGCACAUUUUUUGGGGAAAAUAUAUAUGAUUUUGUUGGGAGUGCUGAUGGCCGUCACCCGGAGUCAGCACUCAUAUACAAUUUAUUUGUGCAGUUAGUUAUUUGCAGUUAGUUUGGGCUUGCCAUGUUCGCAGGUGGCCCUUGCUGCUUGGAGUCGAGACAUUAUAUGCCAGAACCAUUUUUUAUGUUUUUAUGUUAUAAGGUCCUUUAAUAAAAAGUAAAAAUUUA